AUGGCAACAGUGAAAGUUAAACGAAUUUUGAAUUUUACAAGCUCACUUGUCACGGCCCUUGGAACGUUGAUGGUUCUGAUCUUUGUCCUCUUGACAUUUCCUGUAAAUCUGGUGCCGAAUAUCUCGACAACGCAAGAAAAAGCACGACAUAAUUAUGACGAAUACCAACAAGACACACUUGACCUCUGCGCAAUCCUUCUCACCGGAAUAACAUCACAUCUCGCCAUCUACUGGAGCAUUUUCUACAGACAACCACGAAACACGAUUACCUACUUUCAAAAUGGAAUCGCGUCCACACCAGCCACGCUUUUCAAUAAAUUGCUUUCAAUCUACUGCCUCGUCACAUUCUACGCGAUUCUAACGAGCUUUUUUGUGGAUCGUUCGAAAUUGUUUGCACCGGUCGGAAUAUUUCAAAAUAGUUUGGAGUUUGCAAUUGUAUUGCUGAUGAAGGAUGGCGGACGAAUAAAGACUGAUUUAAUAUUAUACAAGUCAUCAAAAAAGCAGAAAAAAGAAGCGCUCAAAUCUAAUAGCCUCCCGCGAAAAGUUUCUUUGACUGUGAGUGAUAUCUCAAAAAUUGGAAGUGUCACUCUGUCCUCUACAGCAUCAACAUCGAAUUCAUCGCAAUUGCAGCCACUUCUUCCAAAGACACUCGAGCACCCAAAACAAUUAUGGAUACUAAUCUUGUCUUCGAUGUUGCAUCUUUUUGGGGAUUCGGCUGUGGCAGUGUUUCCUGAUCUGGGACCGAUGUAA